GUGCUCUGCGUGCGCGAGCGAAGGGCAAAAACUGGUCCUUAAUAAUUACUAAACGCGAUAUUCUAACCGGCACCGUCUUUGUUCUCGUCGCAGGACCAACUUGUCCGACUUGGCCGGGAGAGACAUGAUCCUGGAGGAAAUCACAGAAUGUCCCAUCGUGCCCGUCGUGAUCCAAAGGCAUCUUUGCAGUGUUCGCCAUAUUUGCAGUGUCCGCCAUCUUUGCAGCUAUCGCCAUCUUAACACACCAAAACAUUAUCGUCUAAUUAUCCCCAGCGCAGCCGUUGACCUUUAACCCCCCCGAUCAUCCUGCGAGCAAGAUAACUAUAUCUAUGCUCCCCACAGCAGUCGAGACCACUACCAGACAUCGCCGUCGUAGUUCCACGCGCGGAUGGCGGGCGGCAGCACGCGGCUGCAGUCGGUCAGGUUGUUGAUGUUGUAGACGCCAAGCAGGCUGAGGCGCACAUACUCUCGCGCAUAGUCCUGUUGCGAUGGGGUCAGUCCACCGCUCACUCUGUCUCCCGAAGCGGAACGAGGUGAGAGGAAAUCAAGAAAGGGGACUCACAUCGUCCCAGUGCUCCUGGCCGCCGGGCCCGGCAAAGGCCUGGAACUCGGGAAAGAUGCGCGGGUCCUGGGACAGGUUGAUGUCGCUGGGGAAGCGGAAGACGUUGGGCGGGGCAUGGCCGAGC